UUUCUGGGUAAUUACGGUAGGAGACGUCAUCCUCCCCCACACCGCAGGCUCUGCUCAGCUUUUAGCCGGCGAAAGAUUGGUUGGACGGUACGGGUGCCAUUUGGCGCAGUUUUGAGCAGUAACCGUUAACAAAGGGCGUCCAGUUAUUUAUUCGUCGUCGUCUCCUUUGAAUUUUAUUUAAUAUAUUUACCCGUCGAAGAAUCACAAUGAGCUCAAUCAACGUCAAAAAGCUGAAAGUCAACGAGUUGAAGGACGAGCUGAAAAAGCGUAAUCUUUCGGACAAGGGGCUGAAGGCCGAGCUGAUGGACCGCCUGCAGGCCGCACUAGACGAGGAGGCUCUCUCCGGAGACGCUCCGCUGGACCAGGACGCUGCUGGGAACGAGGCCGCCGAUAUGGGAGAGGAAGAAGAAGGCGACGGCCAGGCAGAAGAAAGCAUGGAGGCCAACGAAGACGAGGAAGAAGAAAAUGGGGGCUACGGCGGUGAGGAUGAAGAGAUGGGAGAGGGGGAAGACGACGAGGACGGCGUGGAAAAAAUAGACGCAGAGGAUGGUGAGCCCGCGGACAAGGCUGCUGAGGGGGAUGCGGACAAAGACACGAAUGCUGAUCAGAAGAAUAAGAAGGGUGUUAAGAGACGCCGGGAGGAACAUGGAAGGGGCUACUUUGAAUUUAUUGAAGAGAACAAAUACAGCUGGGCCUCAUUUAAGUCUCCUGUGCCACCCCUGGAGGAAGAAGAUGAGGACCUUGACGACACUAAAGUCUGCCUUGACAACUACAACAGCGACCUGCACUUUAAGGUGUCUCGGGACCGAUACAGUGCCUCAUCUCUUACAAUGGAGAGCUUUGCUUAUCUGUGGUCUGGAGGCAAGGCUACUUAUGGUGUGAACAAGGGCAAAGCCUGCUUUGAGAUGAAGAUUACAGAGAAAAUCCCAGUGAAGCACAUUUCCAGCAAGAACAUGGAGAUUCAUGACGUGCAGGUCGGCUGGUCCCUGGCAACUGGAACUCUGCUUCUUGGUGAGGAGGAGCACUCCUAUGCAUAUUCUGGGAAAGGAAAGAAGACCACCAACUGUGUGACUGAGGACUUUGGAGAAACCUAUGAGGAAAAUGAUGUCAUCUGUUGCCUUAUUGACUUUGAGGGCGAUGAGUUUGUGUUGUCCUUUGCAAAGAAUGGCGGAGAGCCCGCUGUUGCCUUUGAGGUCAGCAAGGACAGCCUGAACGGCCAGGCCCUUUUCCCCCAUGUCAUCUGCCACAACUGUGCUGUGGAAUUCAACUUUGGCCAGAUGGAGACUCCUUAUUUCCCUAAGUAUGAAGGAUACACCUUCCUGCAGCAGAUUCCCGUGAAGGACAGAGUCCGCGGGCUUAAGGGGCCACAGACCAAAGCUGACUGUGAGAUCGUAGUGAUGGUUGGCCUGCCAGGCUCAGGGAAGACUACUUGGGUGAAGAACCAUGUCCAAGAGAACCCUGGAAAAUACUACAUCCUGGGCAGUGACACCAUUGUGGAAAAGAUGAUGAUCAGCAGUCUAAAACGCCAGUCCAAAGACAUCACAAAGCUCACCGCCAUUUCCCAGAGAGCACCACUUUUCCUGGGGAAGUUUAUUGAAAUCGCUGCUCGCAAAAAGAGAAACUACAUCCUGGAUCAUACAAACCUGUCUGCCCCGGGCCAGAAGAGAAAGAUGUGCUUGUUUGCAGGUUUCCAGCGCAAGGCCGUGGUGGUCUGCCCCUCUGAUGAGGACUACAAGAAGAGAGUGCAGCAGAAAACUGAGAGCGAUGGCAAAGAAGUGCCUGAACAUGCUCUGCUCAAAAUGAAAGGCUUCUACUCUCUGCCUGAGGCGGGAGAGAGCUUCAACGAGGUCGUCUUUGCUGAGCUGCAGAAGGAGGAGGCAGCGAAACUGCUGGAGCAGUACAAAGAAGAAAGCAAGACAGCUCUGCCAGCUGAGAAGAAACCCAACCAGGGAAGCACAACACCAAAGAGAGGCGGAGGCCUGCGUGGUGGCCGAGGAGGCAAGAACCAGUUUGGCCGUGGUGGACCAGGACAGAGAGGUGGUAGCCGUGGAGGUUUCCAGAACAGAGGCAACUUCAGAGGAGCUCCUGGCCCUCGUGGAGGCUUCAACCGUCCACCUCGUGGCUUCCUGCCUCCCCCACCUUUCAGAGGAGGAUUCCCCAGUCGUGGAAACUUCAGCAGGGGUGGCCACAUUCCCAGUCUGGGUGGAUCCCCCCGUGGUGGACCAAUGAGGGGUGGCAGCAUGGGACCUAGAGGGGGACCUGUGAACAGAGGUGGCCCAAUGCACCGUGGGAACAUGAACAGAGGAGGUGGAGGCAACAUGAACCGUGGUGGAAGCAGGGGGCAUCCUGGACAGUUCCAUCAGAGAGGUGGCAGCCGCGGCAACUUCGGCAAUAAAAAUGGCAACUUUGGUAACAACAGGAGCGGCGGCUUUGGCAACAGGAACGGCCUGGACAAGGCUCAAGCCUUCAACCAGAGCUGGCAACAAGGGUUCUGGAACCAGAAGCCGUGGAGCCAGCAGUACCAGCCUGGAUAUUACUGAAACACUUGUUUUUAAGGACUGGUGGCCCAAACAGAGAUCCACCACAAGCCACGGAUCAUCCCUCCACCCCACACUUUUAUUUUCUUUGGUUGAUCCCACUUUUAAUUAUCUUAAACCCCCAAAAUAGUGAAAUAGUGUUGAGCAACAACAUUCCACAUCAGAGAGGAGACCAGACUCAUCUGAGUGAAACUGAAGCUCUGUAUAUCUUUAUACACAAAUGACAUGGGCUAACUUUCACACAAUCAAUUAUCCAUUUUGUUGUAUAUUUUAUUACCUGUUUGCACCACUUUUAAACAAUAUGCUUUUAAAGAAAACAUGUUUGUAAAACCAGAAGUGGAAACAUUUUGCCAGCCCAGCAUCAUGUUCAAGAUUUGUUUUAUUUUAAUUUCAAUUUUUUUUAAGGUUGUGCAUUUUAUCUGUGCUGUGGUUUUUGUUUUGCUUUUUUAUUACAAAUUGUAAAUAUUUUUUUUGUAGUUUCUAUUCCAAAUUUGAAAAUAACGGUAAUGAUUGAAAGGAUCCUUGGCUUAUUAGUGGGGCGCAUGGUAGGUGAUUAUAUUGUUAGACUGUGUGUGUCAAUAUAGUCCUCUGUCAGUCAUUUAAACUCAAUCAACUGAACUACAGCAAACUUUUCUGUUUUGUUCCCAGUAUCAAGCCUGUAACCUAAACUCCAUAGACCUACAAUAAACAACUCGUUGGCUUUUUUUACAUUC